AUGACUGCCGGGACCGGGACCGGAACACCGGAGACACCGGACCUGAGCCACCUGACGGAGGAGGAGCGGAGCAUCAUCCGGUCAGUGAUGGACCGACAGAAGAAGGAGGAGCAGAGCGCGCGGAAGUGGAACCCGUUGUCAGGAGUCAGUCAGCUGGUGUCGGAGGUUCUGCAGGUUCUCGGUCCGACUGACGAGGAGACGCAGAAGUUACAUCAGCAGUUUGAGAUGUGUAAGGACCAGGUGAGGAAGCUGGGGGCGGAGCCUCAGGGUGCUCGCACGGCGCCGGCCGACUCUCACACCUGCACCGUCUGUCACAAAACCAAGAUGGCCGACGGCUGCGGCCGCACCUGCUGCUACUGUCAGGGCAACUUCUGCAACCGCUGCGGGGGGCGUGUCCUCCUCUCAGCCAAUAAGGUGAUGUGGGUGUGUAACAUCUGCAGGAAGCAGCAGGAGAUCUUAACCUCACACAGGGUUUCCCACCCUCCACCGCAGGGGCCUCUGAGCAACGGAGCCACGGAUGGAGUUAACCCCUCCCCUCCUGGAUUGAUUGACAGGAGGCGGAGGGAGUCAUAUUAUGAUGAUGGGGGGGGCAGGAUGCCUCGCUCGCCCUCUGACACCGGUCUGGACCGCCGCUCCCGCUCUCCACACGGUCGUCAUGGUUACGAGGAGGAGGAGUCGCAUGCCAGGAGGCGACCAAUCAGAGACAAUCGAGGCCGCUGGCACUCACAGGACCCUCUGGGACAGGUUCAGGACGACUUCGAGCUGCGGCGGCAGCAGGAGGAGGAGUUUCAGGCCCGUUACCGUAGCGACCCGAACCUGGCUCGUCACCCGGGGAAACCGCAGCCGAGCGAGGACGCCAUGAGGUCGUUAGCUCAGGUCGGCCGAGUCCGCCACCAGCGCCGCCACAGCGAGGUCUCCACGGCAACCGCAGACGAUCACCUGACCUCUAAGCACGUUGUCCGGCAGCUUCGGGCUCCAGGAUUGGUCGGAGCUGGAGGUCAGAGGUCGUCUCCUCGCAGUAGCCCCGUCCCUCAGCAACACCUGGACGUAAGCCCCGCCCGCCGGAGGAAGUCGGCCAAUGAGAGCGCAGGGCAGAGGGGCGGGAGGAUGGGGAGGAUGCACCUGAUUGGCAGCUUCAGCAGCUCGUCAGAGGACCUGGCGACCACGCCCGACUACGAAAGCUGUGACGAGCAAGUCAGCUGGUCAGAGAUUAUGAGCUGUGAUUGGCUCAGAGGGUUCUCAGCCCCGCAGCAGAUCAGAGUCUCUGCUGCCGUCUCUCUCAGAACGUCCAACGCAGAACAACAAUCAGGAGAACCUUCAGCGGAUCCUCAGAUCGGACCGGUCCCGGCCCCGAGGAUCCCGGUGGACCUGGAGAACCCUGAGAACCCGGAGAACCCGGAGAACCGGUGGCUGGUGGAGGAGCUGAUAGAGGAGCUGGUGGGGAAGCUGGUGGAGGAGCUGGUGGGGGAGCUGGUGGAGGAGUUGGUGGUGGAGCUGAUAGAGGAGCUGGUGGGGAAGCUGGUGGAGGAGCUGGUGGGGGAGCUGAUAGAGGAGCUGGUGGGGAAGCUGCUGGUGGGGGAGCUGAUAGAGGAGCUUGUGGAAGAGCUGAUAGAGGAGCUGGUGGUGGAGCUGAUAGAGGAGCUGGUGGAGGAGCUGGUGGGGGAGUUGGUGGAGGAACUGAUGGAGGAGCUGCUGGUCGAGGAGCUGAUAGAGGAGAUGGUGGAGGAGCUGGUGGAGGAGCUGGUGGGGGAGCUGAUAGAGGAGCUGGUGGAGGAGCUAAUAGAGGAGCUGCUGGGGGAGCUGGUGGAGGAGCUGAUAGAGGAGUUGGUGGAGGAGCUGCUGGUGGAGGAGCUGGUGGGGGAGCUGAUGGAGGAGUUGGUGGUGGAGCUGAUAGAGGAGCUGGUGGGGAAGCUGGUGGAGGAGCUGGUGGGGGAGCUGAUAGAGGAGCUGGUGGGGAAGCUGGUGGAGGAGCUGGUGGGGGAGCUGGUGGAGGAGUUGGUGGUGGAGCUGAUAGAGGAGCUGGUGGGGAAGCUGGUGGAGGAGCUGGUGGGGGAGCUGAUAGAGGAGCUGGUGGGGAAGCUGCUGGUGGAGGAGCUGGUGGGGGAGCUGAUAGAGGAGCUGGUGGAGGAGCUAAUAGAGGAGCUGCUGGGGGAGCUGGUGGAGGAGCUGAUAGAGGAGUUGGUGGAGGAGCUGCUGGUGGAGGAGCUGGUGGGGGAGCUGAUAGAGGAGCUGGUGGAGGAGCUGAUAGAGGAGUUGGCGGAGGAAUUGGUGGAGGAGCUGAUAGAGGAGCUGGUGGGGGAGCUGAUAGAGGAUCCAUCCUACUCCAUCCCUCUCCAUCCUACUCCAUCCCUCUCCAUUCUACUCCAUCCUAGAGACAUGGACAGCCAAUGGUGGGAUCCUGGAUCCUGGCAAGGCGAGCCUGCCUUCAUGCAGCCAGUCACAUGGCAGCCGUCCAAGGAUGGGGAGCGUCUGAUUGGUCGAGUUCUGCUGAACAAGAGGAUGAAGGACGGGACGGUUCCUGCAGAUAUGGGAGCUCUGCUGGGACUCAAGGUUGUCGGGGGAAAGAUGACGGAGUCCGGUUGUCUCUGUGCUUUCAUCACCAAAGUGAAGAGAGGAAGUCUGGCUGACACUGUGGGACACCUGAGGCCAGGUGAUCAGGUUCUGGAGUGGAACGGUCGGGUUCUCCAGGGAGCCUCAUUCAACGAGGUCUACAACAUCAUCCUGGAGUCCAAACCGGAGCCGCAGGUGGAGCUGGUGGUGUCUCGACCAAUCAGAGAUGGUUCCAGAGCAGCAGACGGUUCCUACAUCCAGCACGAGUCCAGUGAGUUUAAUACAGUGACCCAACCUGAGGCCCGGACCAGUUCUAAUUCGUCUCCCUUGAACCCCGGGUUCCUGUCCGGACAGCUGCCUACUGUGAACAGGCGCGCGUUGGUUCCCCGAGUUCAGGUGAAGCUGUGGUUCGACAAAGUUGGUCAUCAGCUGAUCGUCACGGUUCUCGGAGCUAAAGAACUUCCUGUUCGAGACGACGGCCGACCGCAGAACCCGUAUGUCCAAAUCUACUUCCUGCCGGACAGAAGUGAUAAGAGUAAGCGGAGGACGAAGACGGUGAAGAAGUCUGUGGAACCUCGGUGGAACCAGACCUUCAUGUACUCGCCGGUCCACCAGCGGGAGUUCAGAGAACGGAUGCUGGAGCUGACGGUCUGGGAUCAGGCCCGGGUCCGAGAGGAGGAGAGCCAGUUCCUAGGAGAGGUUCUCAUCGAGAUGGAGUCGGCUCUGCUGGACGAUCAGCCUCACUGGUACAAACUGCAGAACCAUGACGUUCCCUCUCUGCUCAACACUUCCCCCUAUCUGCAGAGGAGAGGACUGCAGGCGGAGAACCGGAGGCUGCAGAACACAGGCCAUUACUUUAACUCAGGAUCUCAGAGGAUCAGCGACAGCGAGUUCUCCGAUUACGACUGUGAGGACGGGAUCGGGGUCAUCGCAGACUGCCGGCUGAGCAGCAGAGACUUCCACAGCUCCUCCCUCUCUGUGCCGGAGCAGGUGAUGUCGUCCAAUCACAACGCUCGAUCCGACAUGGUCCGGAUGAGGUCACGGUCGCCGAGCCAGAGCGGUAACGGUCUGUAUCCGUUGUACCGGGACGAAGCCGUGCGGCUGCUGCGAGGAUCCAAGAUGAGCCGAGCGCUCUCCGACGCCGGCCAGUACAGCAGCCUGGAGAGGAGGAAUUUGAGGAGAAUGUCUGUCGCCAACUCUUUGGAUUCAUACGACAGAUACUUUAAUGGUCCGAACUCUUCGUGGCCGAACCACAUGAUGAACGGGAACUGUGAGGACUACAGCCAGGACUUCAUCCCAGACUUCCCCUUCGAACCCGACGCCUUCGAUGAGGAACUGCUGAGGGUGAACCCUCGAUCCACAACCUCCAGUCCAACAGGAUCGCCCGUCUGCAGCCGCAGAACGCGCCAGCUGCCCGCCGUCCCGCCCAAAGGAACCCUGGACAGAAGUACGUUAUCAAUCCAUCUUUAUUUAUUACAACAGAUUUUGACGUCGCCCACCCCAGAAGCACCAAUCAUCGCCCCCCCCAUGCUGCAUCAUCAGGCCCCUCCCCCUGUCCACAAACCUGCCAAUCAUCAACCUCCUCUUAUACGAAUCCAAGCCCCUCCUCCUGCACCUGCCCCAGCUCCUGCCCCAGCUCCUGCCCCAGCUCCUGCCCCAGUUCGCGCCCCAGUUCCUGCCCCAGCUCCUCCUGCACCUGCCCCAGUUCGUGCCCCAGUUCGUGCCCCAGCUCCUGCCCCAGCUCCUGCUCCAGUUCCUGCCCCAGCUCCUCCCCCAGCUCCUGCCCCAGCUCCUGCCCCAGCUCCAGUUCCUGCCCCAGCUCCUGCCCCAGCUCCAGUUCCUGCCCCAGCUCCUGCCCCAGCUCCAGUUCCUGCCCCAGCUCCUGCCCCAGCUCCUGCCCCAGUUCCUGCCCCAGUUCCUGCCCCAGCUCCUGCCCCGGCUCCUCCUGCACCUGCCCCAGUUCCUGCCCCGACUCCUGCCCCUGCCCCAGCUCCUGCCCCAGCACCUGCCCCAGCUCCUGCCCCAGCACCCGCCCCAGCUCCUGCCCCAGCACCCGCCCCAGCUCCACCUGCCCCAGCUCCUACUCCUGAACCUGCCCUGUCCCCUGCACCUAGCCCCGCCCCUUCGCUUAGCCCCGCCCCCUCACCAGCCCCGCCCCCGGAGACUCCAGAGCCGGACAGACGCUCAGCGACUCCUGGAGGGACCAGAAAAGAGGUCACAUGGGAGGACCAGCAGCAGAAGGCAGCCAAUGGUAUAGUAUCACCUGUUAGCUCCACAGGUGUGAUGAAGGAUCCAAAGGUGAGGUCACACAUGACAUUCCAGGUGAGCGACAGUGACGUCAGCGACAUGGCGGCCUCUGAAACCCGACCUAUCCGCAAGAUCAGUCGGGCGGAGGCUCUGGAGAGCCAAUCAGUGGAGCUGGGGACACAGGAAGUAGUCAAGGAGGCAGAGGGCGGAGCCAAGCUGCAGAAGAACGAAUCAGUGGAGGAAGCAGAGGAGGAGGAGCCGGGGCCCCCAAAGCCGGCGCCUCCUCUGCAGAAGUCUUCGAGCGUCGGCGGUGAGAUCUGCUCGCUGGGACGAAACGAUGACGAUGAAGACGACAAGAAGAGACGAUCCAGUUUCGGAGCUCGGAUGAUGGGAAUGGUCGGACUGAAGAGCCAGAGCGCCUCCCAGCCCAAUCCUGAGGAGGAAGAGAAGAAGAAGAAGGUGGUGAGACUUCCUGUCCAGAGGAGCGUAGAAACCGGAUUGGCCGUCGACUUUAAAGCUCGUUUAACUCGACAGCCGAGCCGCGACCCCGACGCCGAAGACCCGAAACCUGGAGCUCUCAUCUUUCCGGGGGUAAAGUUGGCGUCAGACAAACAUUUCACCGGCUUCCUGGAGAAUUUAGGCCCCGCCCAGCUGGCUGGCCGCCAGACUCUGGCCACGUCCGCCAUGGGUGACAUCCAGAUCGGGAUGGUCCACAGGAAGGAGCGUCUGGACGUGGAAGUGAUCCGAGCCCGCGGCCUUGUGGGUAAACAAGGCAACAAGAACACACCAGCUCCGUAUGUGAAGGUCUACCUGAUGGAUAACGGGAAGUGUGUGUUGAAGCGUCGAACUCGUCUGGCAAGAAAAACUCUCGACCCGCUUUAUCAACAACAACUUCAGUUUGAGGAGAACCCAGAAGGAAAAGUCCUGCAGAUCAUCGUUUGGGGCGACUACGGGAGGAUGGACCAUAAAUCCUUCAUGGGCUCUGCUCAGAUCCUAUUGGACGACCUGGACUUAUCCAACAUGGUGAUUGGCUGGUUUAAACUGUUUCCUGCCACCUCAUUGGUGGACCCCGCCUUGGCCCCACUGACCAAUAAGGAAACAGAGGGCGGGAAGUCGUAG